CCAUUUACAUUAUUGUUGCUUGGACGUGGCAGCCAUGACGUGAUUUCUGAGUUUUUGUUAAACAGAUUACACUAUUAAUUGUAGCGAAAACUGUUAAUUAAGGGGAAUACGUGCAUUACUCGCCACCGCCUAUCGAUUGCCAGUGUAAAGCCAGAAAUCAAUGCAGAGUGAAAUUAAGUCGGAGCAGCAACAAGGCAACGGAGCAGAAAUCAGCAAUAUACAUACACACACUGAAAAGCAACAAUCAACAAACAACAGCAACAAGAAGUCAACGUCCAAAUUUUAAAGCUCAUUGUCGCUGUUGCCUCCCUUAUCGAUUGAUCGAUAGCUGCAGAUCAAACCAAACCAUACCACCCAACCGAUAAAUCGCACUACCCAACACUGCUGGGCGAGAGAGCAGAGCGAUUGAGCGCAAAACAGCUGAUUGCGACUGGCACACGGUUGUUGUUGUUGCAGUCGCGCUGUUUUUUUUGUUUCUGUUUUGUUGGAACUUUUUCGCUGCAGCGAGAAAGAGAGCGGCGCGAGAGGGAGAGCAGCACAAACUACUACUACGUGUGACGUGGUGUGGGGGCAUACAGGUGGCAAAACAGCUGUUCACACAGCAAAAGCAAUCUGUUUUUUAGUAGAAUACAUAAUCAAUUUGCCGCCUGCAGUUUCCAGCUAAGAAACACAAAACUCAUACAACCAAAAACCAACAGUAACAACAAGCAGGAGAGAAGAGGGACUUUCAGAGAGGCAGCUUCCAGGAUCGACCUACCACUUCCAGUGCUUCCCGUCCUUUCCAAGAGACCAGCGACGAAGAGCGCCAGACCAAGAGCAGUGCACCAGACCUUCCAAGCGAACCAGCCCCCCUUCCACGAUUUCCAAGCUGGCCCAACCAACCAACGGCAUCCCUCCAAUUCCAACCUUCCAGUCAUCAUCAACAUCAACAUCGGCACCGGCAUCAGCAUCAUCCAUUUCAUCCGGGAACGAUCGAGGGGCUAUCUAAUUGCUAUCUAAUUGGCGGCUAGCUGCGCGCACGUUAUGACCAAUUCGAUUGCGUCAACGAAAUGCCUGCCCAAUGCACUAUCGACCGGCAAUUAUGGAAUGUCCCAGAGCCACCGUUACACCGAUGAUAGCAAGGAGUACAUCAUCGUCAAGCUCACCGAUUCCGCGUUCCGUGCGAUCGAGGAAUACCAGCGCGAUGAGAACGCCAAGCGGCUGCAGCCCGGCCAGCGGGCCAAGAUCCAAUUCGCGGGCAACACGGGCUUCAUCCAGUUCCCGCGACCAGCAACGGAUGCUAAUGGCAUCCCUAAUGCUAAUGGCAAUGGCAGCGACGCCGCGUCCGGAGGAGGAGGCAGUGGAGGUGGACGCAAAUUUGGAUUCACCAUCAACAAUAUGGAGGGAACGCUGGAGUGCGUUCAGCAGCAGCAACAGAACCUCGGAGUCCUCGGACCGGUCACCCUGCGAAUGCGAAUCCAUGCCAAUGACGAUGUCUACGAUACGACACGCACAAAAAUGGCCAUUGCCGAGGAGACGGAGAAGAGCAAGUGCAUCAGGGAGAUCAAGCCGAAUCAGUCGGAUAUCGGGCGUAAGGUGAAGAAGCCGCCAUCAGCAUUCCAAGCCUCCAUGUCCUCCGCAUCCGCCAACUCCAACGCCUCCUCCAACUCUGGUUUGACGACGACGACGGCAUUUCAUCAUCACAGCAACAGCAACAACAGUGGGAACAACAACAGCAACAGCAGCAGCAGCAAUAGUUUUAAUAGCAACAACCAUAGUCGUAAGUUAGGUUCAUCGCCAUUUAAUGGCCUAGGCGUAGGAUCCAGCAGCUCCUCCAGCAGCGCUUUUGCCUCGCGCUCGCCCAAUCCCAGCACGCUGGGCGCCAGCGGCACAGUCAAUGGCUCUGGUGGCCUUGGUGGUGGUCGCUAUGGCGGCGGCGGUGGCGGUGGGGCAGCCUCCUCGCUCGCUUCCACAUUCGCCAACGGCAUCUCGCAGGGCUACAAUAACCUGAGCGGCAGCUCGCCAAGGGACGCCAUGCCAGCUGCAGCAGCACCAGCAUCAUCUGCAUCAGCAUCAGCCAUCUCCUCACGCAACAAGAUGCCAAGCGGGGGCCUCACCUCCUCCAACUCCAACUCCUCCUCGUCCUCCAGGAGUGCCAAUAACAAGUCGUCGGGCGGCAACAAGAUGUCGGACGUGUCCAGGCGCAACAUACGCGAACGCCUCAUCCAUCUGCUGGCCCUAAAGGCGUUCAAGAAGCCGGAGCUCUUUGCGCGGCUGAAGAACGAGGGCAUACGGGACAGGGAGCGCAACCAGAUCACCAACAUACUCAUGGACAUCAGCACCAUGUCGCACAACACGUACAAUCUGCGUCGCCAGAUGUGGAACGAUGUGGACGAGAACUGGCCGUUCUUCAGCGAGCAGGAGGUGCAGCAGUUGAAGCGUCGCAAGCCGCAGAACCUGACGCCGCCGAUGAGCUCGGAUGCGGGCAGUUCGACGUCCGGCCAGAGUCCCACAUCGACGCACACGGGCAGUCCGCCGCCGCCGUCGAGCAACGGCGGUCCUGGUGGAGUCGGUGGCGGUGGAGCCGGCGGCGGGGGCCUGAAGAGGACUAGCCCCGAGUACGACGAGACCAUGUUCAGCACUGUUCAGCCCAAAAAGCAGCGCAUCAGUCACUACAAGAAGGACACGCCGCCCUCGGGCACGUCGUACUCCUCCGCUCCGAUGUCCCUGGGCUCCUCCGCCUCCAAUCGCAAUCGGUAUACACCGCCGCAAAGGCAGCCGGGUCCGUUGGAUGAUCACAGCACAAGUGACCUCAGCUACAAUGUGCUGGACAACAUGGAGGAGUUUAUGAGCUCGACGGCAGUGGCCACCCAGCAGUCGAUGGAGCAGCAGCAGCAGCAACAUCAUCCGAGAAGUAGCAGCAGCAGUAGCAGUAGUAGGCGUGGCAGCUCCUCAUUGGCGGGCACCAGCAAUGGAGGAGGCGGCAACAAGGAUAAGCGCAACUCCACGGGCAGCAACUCGAGCAGCUCCAGUGGCUACGAGACGCAGCAGGAUCGGCAGCGGACAUCGGCGACGACAUCGAACCGCAGCAGCAGCAAUAAGUCCUCAUCCGCCUCCGCCGCCGCCUCCUCCUCUUCGACGACGCCGCCAAAGCUGGCGGCCAGUUUUGUACCUGCUGCCUCCGCUUCCAGUUCCGGAUCCACAUCCGGGUCCAGCAAGCAGCGUCUGGCGCCCCAGCAGAGCGACUAUGGCUCGUACAACAGCAAUAACACGCAACAUGCGGCCUCCAACAGCAAGAAGAGGACGAGUAGCAGUGGACCCAGUGGCGGAUCGAGUGGCCAGCGGCAGAGGAACUCCAGUGCCUCCAGCUCUGGCUACCAGCAGGUGCCGCCACCCUCUGCCUCCUCGCGAUCAUCGUCCCUCCAGCAGCAGCAGCAGAAUCAGCAGCAAAAACCGCAGCAGCAGCAGCAGCAACAACAGCAGCAGCCACAUCAACAGCAGGCGCAACAGCAGCAGCAGAAUCAUUACCAUCAGCAGGCCAAGCAUCCGUCGCCCACGCAACAGCUGGCCGCUGCCGCACACGCCUAUGCCCAAUCCACCGCGGAUGCGGACUCCUCCGCCAUGCCCCGCUACGACUUCAGCCAGUACGUGCCCAUCCAGACGCUGGAGGUGCGGCGGCGCUACAAGACUGAGUUCGAGAGCGACUACGAUGAGUACCGCAAGCUGCUGACGCGCGUGGAGGAUGUGCGCAAUCGCUUCCAGGACCUGUCCGAGCGGCUGGAGAGCGCCAGGCGCUGCGACAACGGCUACGGGGACUACGAUCACAUCAAGCGGCAGAUUGUGUGCGAGUACGAGCGGAUCAACAACGACCGCACCAUUGGGGAGGACAAGCAGCGCUUCGAUUACCUGCACGCCAAGCUGGCGCACAUCAAGCAGCUGGUGAUGGACUAUGACAAGACUUUAACGGCGGCGGUGGCGCCUCCGGCUCCGGAUCCAGCAGUCGCGGAGGCGGCGGCGGCCAGGAUGGCCGAGCAGCAGAGGAGGCAGCACCACGCCGUCGAGACGAUAGAACAGAAGCCGCAGAAGCAGCGCCACCAUCCCCAACAGCAGCAGCAGCAGACGACGCAUCAUCAUCCGCAGCAGCAACAUCUGCAGCAGCAGCAACACCUGCAGCAGCAACACCUGCAACAGCAGCACCUGCAGCAGCAGCAGCAGCAGCAGCAACAUGCGCAGAAUGUGAGUGACUCGGAUGACAGCUCGGACUCGGACUCUGACUCCAACGGCGAUGACGACGAGGACUGCGACAAUUCCAACUCGAACUCCAAUACCGACGACGAUGAGCCACGCUACUGAUCCUGAUCCUUAUCCUGCUGGGACCACUUCGAUGACCAUCCGCUGAUCCCCCAUGUAAAAAGGCAAACACAUGCAAGAAACUAUUAUAAAUACUACAAACUAUUAUAGUAAAAACGCAAAAAAAUACAAAACAAUGAUGCAACAACAAACAAAACAACAAAACCAACAAAACCGACAAAAAACACCAACAAAACGUUCUAAAAGAAAUUGUACUACAAGCAAAUGGAAAAACCUUCAAAAAAAUGUUGAAAUUAUGUUAACAAAAACAAAAACUAAACAAAAAAUACAAACUUUCGCGUAAAAUAAUUUUUAUUACAUAAAACAAAGGAAAAACAAAAAACGAGGGUAGGCGGCGGGACAGUUCUGCUGCCCUCCGAUUUCUACAUCUAUAUAAAUAUAUAUAUAAUGCAUAUAUAAACUAUAUACAUAACAACAAGCCAGAAGAAGACGCGCUGAGGAGGAAACAAAAUCAAUAUUUUUAAAAACGGCGAAAGCAAAAAAAAUUAUAUACGAGUUGUAGACUUAAUUUUUUGUUGAGCAUAUUGAGCAGCUUAAGUAACUAAAUGAAAAUGAUGAGAACGGAAACGAAGACACCUGGUUUUCCUUGCGUUUUGUGUGUAAUAAUUAUUAUUAUUAUUAUUAUAAUAUUAUUAUCAACUUUUAAAUAUAUAGCGUGUAUGUUUUUCGUUUUUAAUCUAGACUCUUCUUAUUUUUAUUCUUGAUUUUUGUUUAACAUUUGUUACAAACGGCAGACACUCACACUCACAGUCCACGGAAACAAAGGAUAUCGCAUACACACUGCACUACACUAGACUACACGGUACACUCAUCGACAAACUUUUGCAUUUUCGGGCAUAGCUUUCGUUUUAGAUUUGUGUAUAGAGAGGGGAGGGAGGAGAAAGGAGAGAUUGAGAGAGAUAUAGCGAGCGAGUAAGCCAGCACAAAGUGUCCUCGCUGCCGCCGACUGCACGUGCCCCCAAAGGGUCCUGGAUCCGGGAUACAGUGGGACUGGGGACGGGGAUCAGGAUGGGAUCGGGAUCGGGAUCGGAAUCGGGAUCUUGGGGUGCGAGUAGAGUUAACUGAUAUUGAGCCAAUGUUUGCCUAGGCCUACGACGACCACAUUUGAAAGCGUAACCGUAACCGACAAACAGACAGACAGACACACUGAGAGAAACAGAGAGCACCACAGAAACAAACCGAAAAUCAUUGCAUAUAAGGUUGGGGAAGUAAGAUGAGUAGGUGGUGCUUAAUACUAGCUUUUGGAAAUAAUAGAUAUUGUUGUCCAGAACAAAGAGAAAUUAUAAUUUCCAAAUAUUAUAAUAAAUAUUGUAUUUACUUUAAAAUAUGUUUGCCAAAAGUGAUGAUCACAAUCUUCAUACAUAAAUGUUUUUCUUUUUUGCCAUGGUUAAAAUAUUUUUCGAUACUUCUGACCACCUUUCUUCUUGCAACCCCAAUCAAAGAUGUGCUACUAUGUGUGUAAAUUAUAUUCCCCUGGUGGUGUUGCAUGCGGGCGUGCCUCAAAACAAUAGACUGAACUUUUAAACGGCUUGUGUAGGAAAAAAUUCUUCUGUUUUAUCGAUAACUAGUUAAUUUGUUAUGUAUUUUGUGUUUUUAAUCGUACACCGGUUUUUGUUUCGCGUGCAUAGCGCUUAUUUUGUAGCCCACACCAGCAGCACCAUUACACUGACGUGCCGCAUCUUUCCGGUCUGCAAACAUUUGGGGACUCCCUACUGACCGAAGGCGGAGACCUUAUUUAUAUUAUUCGCGGCUUUGGACUAGUUAUUGCUCAAAACUAUGUGAGAGGACUAAUAGAAAUGACAUACUUAAUGGUUGUAUCACAGCUAUGGCGGCCCCUUAAGUUGUUUGCUUUAGUUUUAGGACAACUCUAGGCGUGUUACGGAAGCUUCCUUAAGUAAAAUAAUAAUAGUACCGCAGCCAACUGAAUGAAACACAAGCAAAGUGGGUGGGGAGAUGACAGGGUCGCUUAAAGAUUAUCAAAUUAUUUGCUGAAACUCUAGUGUCCAAGGGGAGGAGAUGAAACGAAACAAAAGCAAAGUAAGAACUAACACGAAAUCGAGGAAAACCAUGAAAUUUUAGCUAUUUCGUUGCAAUAUUUUUUAUAUACGAUAUUUAAGUAGUGGGGGAUGCAUGAGACAAACGAAAGGGAAAAUCAAAUGGAACAUUGAGAUCAAGUUGCAAAAAAUCAAGCGUUUAAAAUCGAUUCGUAGCAAUUACAACAAAAAUCAUAUAUACAAUUUAUAUACAAGAAAAAACAAAAGAAGCCACUAAAUAUAUACACAAUAUAUAUAUAUACAACAUUGACAUUUGAUAAGCAACAAAGGAAACUUACUAGUUUUAUAUAAACGCCACGCCCCGUACACGAAUACACCACAUAUGACACACCCCCAGAAACAGAAGGCACACCAAACACACACCAGACACACACGAACUAACACAGCAAUUGAGGAGGAACUUAUUAACGAUUAACGAUUAACGAUCACUGAUCACUGAUCACUGAUCGACUGUGUGAGCCGAGUGGAGGAGAGGAAGAGUAAACAGAUCAAGAGACAUGAGAAAUAUUAUUAUUAUUAUUGUACACCUAAGAGCAAAACGCUGACACGACCAGCAGAACGAAAAAUCUUACAAAAAAAGAGAUAUUGUUAUAUACUAGUAAUAUUAAGACCACAAACAACAAAAGAGAAGAAAAGAAAAACUUGACAAAAAAAGCAAAAAAUAGAAUCAAAUAAAAUAUUGAAUCGAAAAAAAGA